UGCUCAAGAAGCUUCGCGAGCCAUCAGCGCUCUCAAGAAAGGAGGGAAGAAGAGAAAGGUUGCGCGGAAAGAGGAGCCAAAAGCCCGCGAAAAAUAUCCAAAGAGAAGACGAUGGGUUUGCCCACGCGUCUUUCAGAGAAGGUGUCUCCGUGAUUCCCCCGACCACGUGCGACGUGAGGCCCCACCGGCGGUGACGGGGGAACGGGACGGGAGCUUCAAGAAGAAGGUGGCUGCAGAAAGCAAGCAAAUUCCGAUUCCCCGAGAAGAAUCCCAUCCGACGUAAAUCUGCUUUUGUUGCGCAAUGGACGCUUUGAUCCUUCCUUCUGCUUCUUUUCGCGAAGCGGAACGAAUUUUCCGUUCAUUAUCACCUUCUCCUCUUCCUUCAUCGUUCGCUCGCAGCAGCCCCAGAGUUGGCGCUCAUGGUGGCCGCCGUGGUUCGACGACGUUGAAGUCAGACAUAAUAUGUCCUGAUGAGAGACAAUUGAGCAUCAAUAAGAAGGUAUUCCACUUCAGGUGCAGUGCUGCUAACACUUACGACCAUCCAUCACAAGAAACUCUCCUAGAGGAAGAGAUUCCUCAAAUGUCUACGUCAUUGAACACUUCUCCUGGUCGUCCAGUUCCAUUAGGAGCAUCAACGGUUGAGAAUGGAAUAAAUUUUGCACUUUUUUCGCAACAUGCAAGAUCAGUCAUACUUUGCUUAUCUAUUGAACAAAGGAUGGACCUGGAUGAGAAGAACCUGAUGAUGACCGAGAUAGAAUUGGAUCCUUAUGUUAAUAAAACUGGAGAUGUGUGGCAUAUAUGUAUUGAGGAUUUGCCACGUCUUGGCGUUCUUUAUGGCUAUCGUGUUGAUGGGCCCAAAGGGAAGCAGCAAGGCCAUCGUUUUGACAGCAGUGUUGUCCUUAUCGAUCCUUAUGCAAAAUUAGUUGAUGGCCGCAGAUUCUUCGGGGAUGCCUCAAAAAAGAUGCCCAAGUUUCUUGGAACUUUUGAUUUUGAAUCUUUGCCAUUUGAUUGGGGAGAAGAGUAUAGGCCCCCAAACAUACCAGAGAAGGAUCUCAUUAUCUAUGAGAUGAAUGUUCGGGCAUUUACUGCCGAUGCAUCCAGUGGAUUAGGUCCACAUAUACGUGGAAGCUACUUGGGUGUCAUUGAAAAGAUUCCACAUCUUUUGGAGCUUGGUGUUAAUGCUGUGGAAUUGCUACCGGUUUUUGAGUUUGAUGAAUUUGAGUUUCAGCGGCACCCAAAUCCUAGAGAUCACAUGAUAAAUUCAUGGGGCUAUUCCACUAUGAAUUUUUUCUCCCCAAUGAGCCGAUAUGCUAGUGCUGGUGGAGGCCCUUUUGCUGCAGCACUUGAGUUCAAGAAAAUGGUCAAGGCCUUGCAUAAUGCUGGGAUUGAGGUUAUUCUGGAUGUUGUUUAUAAUCAUACAAAUGAAGCUGGUGAUGAGCACCCUUACACAACUUCAUUUCGUGGCAUAGAUAAUAAGGUUUAUUACAUGGUGGAUGUUAAUAAUGGUGGUCAGUUGCUUAAUCUAUCUGGAUGUGGAAACACAUUCAACUGCAAUCACCAAGUUGUCAUGGAGCUCAUACUUGAAAGUUUGAGACACUGGGUGAAUGAAUAUCAUGUGGAUGGUUUCCGUUUUGAUCUAGCAAGUAUUCUGUGCCGAGGCACAGAUGGCACUCCACUAGAUUCACCUCCUAUAGUCAAGGCAAUUGCUAAAGACAGUGUCUUGUCAAGGUGCAAAAUAAUUGCUGAACCAUGGGACUGUGGCGGACUUUAUCUUGUUGGAAGUUUCCCUAAUUGGGAUAGAUCAAGAUAUGUGGAUCACAAAAAAUCAAUGUUAAUGCAAUACUUGAUGUGGCCGAUUACAGAACUACUCAAAAUAAGAAGGAAAAGAUGGGCAGAAUGGAAUGGAAAAUAUCGUGAUGAUGUGAGAAGAUUUAUUAAGGGUGACUCUGGCAUGAAGGGAAAAUUCGCAACCCGUAUAUCAGGCUCUUCGGAUCUGUAUCAGAUUAAUAAGCGUAAACCUUAUCACAGUAUCAACUUUGUGAUUGCACAUGAUGGGUUCACACUUUAUGACCUUGUUUCCUACAAUUCAAAGCAUAACGAGGCAAAUGGAGAAGGUGGACUUGAUGGAACCAAUGACAAUUUUAGUUGGAAUUGUGGCUGUGAAGGUGAAACUAAGGAUCCUUCUAUUAAUUCAUUGCGUUCACGGCAAAUGAAGAAUUUCCAUUUGGCUUUAAUGGUAUCCCAGGGCACACCAAUGAUACUAAUGGGAGAUGAAUAUGGUCAUACUCGCUAUGGAAAUAACAACAGCUAUGGGCAUGAUACUCUUAUGAACCAUUUCCAAUGGGAUAAGCUAGAGUCAAGAAAGGAGAGUCAUUUUCGGUUCUUCUCAGAAGUGAUAAAAUUUCGUCAAGAUCAUCACCUUUUGGGACGUGAGAAUUUUCUUACCAAGAAUGAUAUUACUUGGCAUGAAGAUAACUGGGACAACCAUGACAGCAAGUUUCUUGCUUUCACGCUACAUCAUCCACGUACUGGAGGCGACAUAUACGUGGCAUUUAAUGCACACCAUUAUUUUGUGACUGCUGCCAUCCCUUCGCCGCCUCAUAAGAGGAAAUGGUUCCGCGUGGUUGAUACCAACCUUCCAGCUCCUGAUGACUUUGUUCGCGACGGUGUUCCUGGCGUCAAAGCAACUUACAAUGUCGCACCAUACUCCUCCAUCCUUCUUAUUGCAAAGUCUUAAAAAGCACUAUUGCUUGCACGUGAUAUGGGCUUACGAUGUCCCCACUUCUUCGGUAUACAUUCUAUUGCGGGCUGCCAUACUAGUACGUAUCAAAGGCAACAUUUUAUACAUGAAAAGCAAAGGAUAUGCCUAUGUAUUCUGUUAGAUCAAUUGGUUCAUAAAGGACAUGGUUUCAGAAU